UCAAGAAAAUGAAUAAGCGUGAUGUCUCUUCUUGUUUUCUACAGAUUAUUUAGUCUAUAAGCUAGAGGCACAGGAGGCCCUGAACAAAGAGAAGCAAGAUUCUAUGAAUCGCUAUGGGGCCCUCAGCUCACAGCACAACAUUCUUAAGAACCAGAAUGAGGAUACGAAGAAGCAGAUGUCCAAUUUACAAGGGGAGCACAGCAAUCUAAAGCUGGAACAACGUAAAACCAUCGAGUUUCACAACCAGAAAAUAUCUCAGCUCCAGAGAGACAAAGAUAACGAGAUUCUCAAUCUGCAAGAUACUAUUGCAAAGCUUCGUGAGGAAAGUAAACUUCUCAGGAAGGCCCACCAAGAUGUCCACUCAAAGCUUGUAGGAGCUCAGGCUCAGAUGGAGGAAUUCAGACAGCUAAAGGAUGCCUUGAAGAGAAUGCCAAGUUUCAAAGACACAGGUUCCAGCAUUUAUAAUCAACAUUCUCUGACCUCCUAUACAAAGAAUCUGAACAAACCUUUUUCUCAGGGGCCUCAGAGCUCCACUGGAAAUCAAAAGAGGGAAGAAAACAUCCCUGGAAGGGUAGCCCAACAUGUGAAGGAGGCUUCCCAGGCUCGGCCCGCGUCGCAGAGCAACCCCCUGCUUCCCUCUGUACAUGUGGCAGCCCAGGGACUGGGGGUGCACAAUGAUAGCUAUGUUGGGAAAUUUACCAGGACAGUUAACAGCCUGCAAGUCCACAAGGAGGAUAAGAAGCUAGCUGUGUUGCCACAUAUCCCGCAGCCACCCCAGCAACCGGCUGUCCACAAAGGCGCCCUGCCUGACCCACCAGGAGCUGCGGAUAAAAAAACACCCGCCGCGAAUGUUCUACUUGCCAAAGAACAAGUGCCGGUUCACAGCUGGCAAGACAUCGUUAGCAAGGUGAAUGCAAGGAUGACUAAACAAGUGGAAAGCAACAAAAUCAAUGCCAGUGACGGUCUUGUGAAAGCCCAAACUCACCGUGCCAAUGUAGCUGCUGGGAAAUCGGAUAAUAGGGCAGUGCAUCAUGGCUACUUGAGACGAAUCGGCGAAAGUGAGGCAGAGUUGGAUGCCGGUGUGAUUGACAGCGAGCAUGGCCCUCCGCCUCAGAAGCAACACUUAGGCCAGGAGGCUCUGAUUUCGGAAGAUGGUGCCGAUCCAGCCAAAGACCCCAACAAUCAGGGUGAAGAUGAGUAUGAAGAGGCUGAAAUAGACAGACCGGAGUUUGAGGAGAAAGUGAUCGCAGAUAAGCUAGCAGUUCAGCCAGUGGGGAAUAAGAAACUCCUGGAGUCUUUCCAGGACAGCAAGGUUCCCGCCCUUGAGGUACCUGACGCGGAGCUGAAAUCCAGAGAAGAAGCAGAAGACCGAUACCAGGAUGACCAGGAACAGGAAACUGUAUGA